UUCCCGUCCCAGGCCGGGUUUUGUACUGGGUUCUCUUGGGGAGGGUCGAGGGACGGUUUUCUGCUGGUGCUGCAGUCGCCUCCCAAGGUAGCAGAGCUGGGAUUUCGCCGUGCUGCAUCCCCUGCUCGGGUAAUGUUUCUCUCUCGCAGCUCUGCAGCACGGGGCAGAGCCCAGAGGACCUGCCUGCACUAGAGUUCCAGAGAGAGCGUAGGAUCCCGAGACAGCAGAACAGAUGCACCCUUUGGCAGCCAAUUGCACCCUGCACUAGACGGAAGUCCAGGGAUGUUAUAUUUUGGGAUUAUAUUUCUCCACCGUGGAAUUCAUGCAGUUCAUUCCAGAAACAUUGACCCUCUGCUUCUGUGACACACCCUCGCUGAAGGUCUGAUGGACAGACACUUUCUCUUGACCCUGCAGCUGUUUUCUUUCAUGUGGAAGUUGGAAGACAAGGUGAAAGUGGCCAAAAGUUACCUGCUUUGGUGAAUAAGUGUGCUCCCCUUGGUUCUCAGAACAUGGGCCCUCGUUUAAAGCUGCAGCUGUGAUCCUCGGCUGUCUGUUGGCAUUGAAGGGACCUGAUGUUUUACGUUAUUGGUGGCAUCACAGUGUCUGUGGUUGCAUUCUUCUUCACAAUUAAGUUCCUCUUUGAGCUUGCCGCACGUGUAGUCAGCUUCCUCCAGAAUGAGGACCGAGAACGCCGAGGGGACCGGACUAUAUAUGACUACGUGCGGGGAAAUUACCUGGAUCCUCGGUCUUGCAAAGUCUCCUGGGAUUGGAAGGACCCCUAUGAGGUGGGCCACAGCAUGGCCUUCCGAGUGCAUUUAUUCUAUAAGAACGGGCAGCCCUUUCCUGCACAUCGGCCUGUAGGACUAAGAGUUCACAUCUCUCAUGUUGAGCUAGCAGUGGAAAUUCCAGUGACCCAGGAAGUCCUCCAGGAACCCAGUUCCAACGUGGUCAAGGUGGCCUUCACUGUGCGCAGGGCUGGGCGGUACGAAAUCUCCGUGAAGCUUGGUGGAUUAAACGUGGCCUAUAGUCCCUACUACAAGAUUUUUCAGCCUGGAAUGGUGGUUCCUUCCAAGACCAAAAUCGUGUGCCAUUUUUCUACUCUCGUGUUGACCUGUGGGCAGCCACACACUCUUCAAAUAGUGCCCCGAGAUGAGUAUGACAACCCUACCAACACUUCCACGUCCUUGCGAGAUGAGCACAAUUACAGUCUGUCCAUUCAUGAGCUCGGUCCUCCGGAAGAAGAGAGCGCCGGUGUCUCAUUCGAGAAGUCAGUGACAUCCAACCAGCAGACCUGCCAGGUGUUCUUGCGGCUCACCCUGCAUUCUCGAGGCUGCUUCCAUGCCUGCAUUUCAUACCAAAACCAGCCAAUCAAUAAUGGCGAAUUUGACAUUAUUGUCCUAAGUGAGAAUGAGAGGAAUAUUGUCGAACGCAAUGUGUCCACCUCAGGAGUGAGCAUUUACUUCGAAGCUUAUCUGUAUAAUGCUGCCAACUGCACCAGCACGCCGUGGCACCUCCCACCCAUGCACACAAGCUCUGCCCAGCGCCGGCCCUCCACGGCUCUGGAGGAGGAAGAUGAAGACUCACCCUCUGAGUGUCACACCCCUGAGAAGGUGAAGAAACCGAAGAAGGUGUACUGCUACGUGUCACCAAAGCAAUUCUCAGUGAAGGAGUUCUACCUGAAAAUCAUUCCCUGGCGCCUUUAUACCUUCCGAGUGUGCCCAGGAACAAAAUUUUCAUACCUUGGCCCUGACCCUGUCCAUAAGCUGCUCACACUGGUGGUGGAUGAUGGCAUUCAGCCUCCUGUGGAGCUCAGCUGUAAGGAGAGGAACAUCCUAGCGGCCACGUUCAUCCGCUCACUCCAUAAAAACAUAGGAGGCUCUGAGACCUUUCAGGACAAGGUGAACUUUUUCCAGCGAGAGCUUCGGCAGGUACAUAUGAAAAGACCACAUUCCAAAGUCACCCUGAAGGUCAGCAGACAUGCCUUGUUGGAAUCGUCUCUGAAAGCCACUCGGAAUUUCUCCAUCUCAGAUUGGAGCAAGAACUUUGAAGUGGUUUUUCAGGAUGAAGAAGCUCUGGACUGGGGAGGACCUCGCCGGGAAUGGUUUGAGCUAAUCUGCAAAGCACUAUUUGACACCACCAAUCAGCUCUUCACCCGAUUCAGUGACACCAACCAAGCGUUAGUGCAUCCCAACCCUAAUCGCCCCGCUCAUCUGCGCCUAAAGAUGUAUGAGUUUGCAGGGCGCCUGGUGGGCAAGUGUCUCUAUGAGUCCUCUCUAGGAGGAGCCUACAAGCAGUUGGUCCGAGCUCGCUUCACCCGUUCUUUCUUGGCCCAAAUCAUAGGACUGCGUAUGCAUUACAAGUACUUUGAAACAGAUGACCCAGAAUUCUACAAAUCUAAAGUUUGUUUCAUCCUCAACAAUGACAUGAGUGAGAUGGAGCUGGUCUUUGCAGAAGAGAAAUAUAGCAAAUCAGGUCAAUUGGAUAAGGUCGUAGAACUUAUGACAGGUGGAGCUCAAACCGCAGUCACCAACGCGAAUAAAAUCUUCUAUUUAAAUUUGUUGGCCCAGUAUCGGCUGGCCAGUCAAGUGAAAGAGGAAGUGGAACAUUUCCUAAAAGGACUGAAUGAGUUGGUCCCUGAGAACCUUUUGGCUAUUUUUGAUGAGAAUGAGCUUGAGCUGCUGAUGUGUGGGACUGGGGACAUCAGUGUGUCUGACUUCAAAGCCCAUGCGGUGGUCGUUGGUGGCUCAUGGCAUUUCAGAGAAAAGGUCAUGAGGUGGUUUUGGACCGUGGUUUCCAGUUUGACGCAGGAGGAGUUGGCUCGGCUGCUUCAGUUCACAACAGGCUCGUCUCAGCUACCGCCUGGAGGCUUUGCCGCCCUCUGUCCCUCAUUCCAGAUUAUUGCCACCCCGACCCAUAGCACGCUACCAACUGCACACACGUGUUUCAACCAGCUGUGCCUCCCUACGUAUGACUCAUAUGAAGAGGUGCACAGGAUGCUGCAGCUGGCCAUCAGUGAGGGCUGCGAGGGCUUUGGCAUGCUCUGACCACUCUCGCCAUCCACUUGGCUCCCGUGCUUUCUGGAGCAUCCGAGUGCACAUAACAGACAUAACCACUGACCCUAGCAUACACAAAACCAUCAGCCAGAAGCUGCUGCGUGCUCUCCAGUGUCUGGAGUAUUCAGUCACCUACAAGCCUUGUCCUUCCCUCGCCCCUUCCUUUCCCAUCUCCCCCCCAGGCCACUUUGGCAGGUACAUAAUCUGAGCAACUCGCUCAGUCACGAGAGGAGGGCCAUGCCACUGUGCUUGCACUUGGUUCUUAGAAGCUCUCAGUAGCUGGAGUGGCACUGGACUACCUCUCAUGGUGACUGAUAGCACAAAAGGAUCUUUUCUGUGGUGUCAGAACUGGAAAAGGAGCUUUCCUUGCAAGCGUUUCUGGAAAUGAUCAUUAAUCCACAAAGAAGAACUCCCUAAUAAGCUUUUUCUUGACUAUGAGCCUGUGAGAUAGACAGACCUAAGAAUGUGAAAGAUAGCUGGGCUGUUGCCUCCAGUGCUGAAUGUGAUUCUCCUUUAGGCUUAUGGGGCACGUCUAGGCACGUGGCUGGCUUGAAGACUACUGAUGCUUGUCCCUGAGUUUGUUCUUUACACUGAGGUGUGGCUGGGCUCGGCCACUUACCUCCAGCUUAUGCAGUCUGCUAAGAGCUGAAGAUUCUUUAGAUUUCUACUGAAGAAAAUAUUGGAGCAAGAGAUUGGGACAGUACGAUAGCAUGCCACCGAUCCAUGGUUCUCUCUUUGCUUGGUGUUCCCUGGCAGCACUAAGGCAAGGGAAAAGGAAUCAGUAAUUUAAUUGCUUCUCACAGGUCCUUAGGGCCAGGACACAGGGAACACACAUAGAGGAGAUACAUCAGAUGAUAAAUAAACACCUAGCUGUCCCAGUUACUUCCUGUCACUCCAUCAGUUACCAGCAAGGGCAGCUAAGGAGGGAGGAAGAUAAAUUAGGUUCACUGUUACGUGAUGAUUGAAGAGAACCUGCAGCUGUUUCUUGGAAGAUGACAACAACCUUUUUCAUUACGAUUUGAAUGAAGACGUUUUCAAGACUCAGAAUCUCAUUGAAUUCCCAAAUUUCUGUUUCUAAGAAGGCUUUGCUGCAAGCUACCAUUCCCAGUGGGGCAGUCGACUCAGAAUAUUUACAAGCCAUCUUUAUUGCCAAAACCAGCAAGUACAAAGAGUCCAGAGAUGAGGCGGGACUUGCAGCAGAGCCUUGGCCUCCUGGAAGCACGUCUGAGCCCUCCUGUUCCCAGAGAUCAUGAGGAACAAGCCUUCCUGAGCUGCUACAAUUCCUGCCUGACCUCACUCCUUCGCAGUUGUCAUUUGUCCUUCUUGGCAUGGGUGCUGACCUCACUCAUCCUUGGGGUCUAGGAUCCAGCAUCAGGGCCUCUGUACCCCAGGGUCCUCCAUGCCACACGGUCACUGCUCUCCUCAGGGACCAGGACAAGGUGCUGCUGCCUGCCCCGGUGUUUUCCUAUGGGAUAUGUACAGGCAAGUUUCAUCAUCCCCCGGGAAACAUGAUGCUGCCCCUCGGGCCCAGAGAGGGUUUCCAGCUGGGGGGCACGUGGGUUGGUUCUGCUGUCUUUGGCUGUUGUUCCUCUUCUGGAUUCUGCAUUCUCCUCUCCAGAGACUCAUGUUGGAGCUCAAGUUGAUUUUCUUGGUUAGAUCUGUCCUUUUAAGCUCUAGUCAUAGCACUUUUCAGAGCAUCCUGGGUACCACUGCAGCCCAGCUGCGUCCUGCAGUGGUCCUUAGCCCCAAGGUCUUUGUUUAACAAAACCCUUUGGUACUGUUGUGGUUUUCUGUUCUUCUGGUUUACCCUGUCUCUCCUAACUAUUCAAAAGUAUCUGUGCUCUUUAGGCCUUUCCUUUGACCUUUUUUUCUAAUCCUGCUUUGGAACUAGCCAGUGUGGGGAGAGGUACACCAUGUUGGAGAGAAGGAAGAGUGUCUGUUACUUCUUGAGCAGUUUUCUAUUCACGUUUCUUAUUUUGGCCAGUUGUUUUAUUUAUGCCCUUGUGACCCAGAUGCUUGGGGAGCCAACUAACCUCCUGGCCUUUAGUCUCUUCAAAGGAGACCAGGCACCAAGUGAACACCAAGGAAGAUAUCGGCAUGUUUCUAGAACUUCAGCAGAGACCAAGCCCUGCUGCUGCAAAUUUGUCAGGCCAGACAAAAGGGCCAGACAGUUGCAGCAAUAGUGUAAAUAUUUUGUACAGUAAAUAAAUGAAUGUUUAAAAGGACUAAGGAGCAAGUGACUGCUUUACGUGAUGAUUCAGGGCUUAAAUUGGAGGUGGGGAAGGAAAAGAAAAAUUCAGAAAUGUUUUUGCAUUUCCCCAGUAAUGCCUUCAGAAGCAGUCAGCUUGGGCUUCCCUGGUGGCGCAGUGGUUGAGAGUCUGCCUGCCAAUGCAGGGGACGUGGGUUCAAGCCCUGGUCUGGGAGGAUCCCACAUGCCGCGGAGCAACUGGGCCCGUGAGCCACAACUACUGAGCCUGUGCGUCUGGAGCCUGUGCCCCGCAACAAGAGAGGCCGCGACAGUGAGAAGCCCGCGCACCGCGAUGAGGAGUGGCCCCCGCUUGCCACAACUAGAGAAAGCCCUCGCAUAGAAAUGAAGACCCAACACAGCCAAAAAAAUAAAAUAAUUAAAAAAAAAAAAAAGAACUUCCCCAAAUUCUGGCAAUCUUUAAGCUAAAAGAACUUCCCAAAUUUAAAAAAAAAACAAAAACUUGGGGUUGAAUAUACUCCCAGAGCCCUGGCCUGGCCCAGGCUUUCUUGCCCUUUCACCCUUCCCUGAUUGCUGUCCAUGGUGCCAGGCAGGGCCACAGUGCUUGCUUGCACAGAGAGCCAAUGGCUGGGACAAGCAAGUGCUUGUGCCCAGCUCCAGAAGAAGAAACCCGUCUGGCAAAAGUAGAGGAUGUCUGUUCUCAUCAGUCUUUUAAACAUUAAUUAGUUGUUGUUUUACUACAUAAGAGACUCAGUGUAGAAAAUUUGGAAAUUAAAAAAAAGUACAAGAAAAAAAGUUACUUGCCAUCCAGAGGGAAUAACACUUUGGUGGAUGGCCUUCUUAUUUGCAUAUAAUCACACAUGUAUUUCUCAAUGUGCCCUUGACCCUCCCACAAAAGUUUGCAUAUGGCAAACAAAAACCCUGUUCCACAAAAGUUUUUGGGUGGUAGGCGGGACCAAUUCUUUUCUAACCACAGAUAAGCUUGGCAGAAAGAGAAGACCAGACCUCUGAUUUGGGCCUUGUAGGAAAAGUGUUAGGGACCCUGACUUUCUUGGGGAAGUAAUCAUGGUGUCUUUGUGCAUUGGUUCCCAUUCUGGAAAAUCAAAACAAAAUCCCCUUUAUAAUUGUUUUUCUUUUUGUUUUGUUUUUUGUCAUUUUUUGUUAGUUUUUGUUUGUUUUGUUUUUUUUGGCCACGGCGUGUGCCUUGCUGGAUCUUAGUUCCCCGAGCAGGGAUUGAACCCUGACCCAGCAGUGAAAGCACAGAGUCCUAACCACUGGACUGUCAGGGAAUUUCUCUGUAAUAGUUUUUAAAAUACAGAUUUUUUUUUCUCCCCACCCCUACCUCCCAGACCCAGUGGAUUGGAAUCUUAACUUUAAAAUUACUCCUUUAGAGUUCAUUCAAGGUACUCCCACCUCAUCAAACUCCCUUGAGUGGUAUGAGAUGUCUUAAACACACAAAACAAAAUUCUGUCCCUCCACAACUUUACACUUAUAGGUUAUUUAACAGUCCUAUAUCAUUUACACAUGCUGCUCUUGUAGCUUUGAAUGGGUCACUAUGAACAUUCGUCACUGAGUGAUUUCAUCCCAUCAUGCAGUUAUUCAUAAGACUCAAGAGGCUGGUAGAAUUGUUCUUGAAUUAACACAGUAAAAUACUGCCUUCAGCUUCUCAUGCACUGUUACCUUCAAGCCACUGCAGCUCAAGCUCUGAGACCUCUGCCCAGCUACACUUCUCUUAGGACACAGUAGAGGUUCUCCAGCAGGUGGCUUGACCAGAGGGCUCCUUAGCUCUGCUUUGGCUUCACUUAGGCCCUCAAGCGUAAUAGACCAGCUCCAGGUAUCCUGUAAUUCUUUCUUUUAAAAAUGAAUAAUUCCUUUUUUCUUUUAUUUUGAGAUGAACAUACUAAAAAAAAAAAGGCAUACAAGCAUGUACAAUUUAACAAAUAAUUAUAAGGGAAGCGCACAUGUAACCACUAUCCAGGAAAGAAAGAAAACAUUAUAGCACUGCAGAGCAAGUCUCCUCCCACCCUUCUAGAGGUAGCUUUUCCUGACUCUUAGAAUAAUUGUUUCACCAGUUCCCUUUUGAAACAGCCUGCCCUAAAAAAUCACAGUGGGGAGGGGGAAAAAAGAGCCCAUGUGAUCUCAUUUAUUUAUUUAUUUAUUUAUGGCCCCAUUUAUUUAUGUUGGGUCUUCGUUGCUGUGCACAGGCUUUCACUGCUUUGCGGUGAGCAGGGGCUACUGUUGCAGUGUGCGGGCUUCUCAUUGCAGUGACUUCUCUUGUUGCAGAGCACAGGCUCUAGGUGCGCGGGCUUCAGUAUUUGUGGUAUGCAGGCUCAGUAGUUGUGGCGCACAGGCUUAGUUGCUCCGUGGCAUGUGGGAUCUUCCCGGACCAGGGCUCGAACCCGUGUCAUCUGCAUUGGCAGGCGGAUCCUUAACCACUGCACCACCAGGGAAGUUUUAAAAGUCUUCUGAAACCAUUGUUGCCCCAUGAGAAUCUAGUUCCCAUUCCUGAUGCUGAAUCUGAGGAAUCAUAUUCAAAGACCACCACGUCUCUCUGCAGAGGUUUUUCCCCAGAUAUCCUAAAUUGGAUAUUCCUUUGCUUUUAUACUCUGAAGAGGUUUUAUGGAUUGAUCUAAUGUGAUCAUGAUUCUCUUUGGUGGUCAGCAGCAGGUUCUUGAGUGUAGUAGUAUUGAAAAUGACUUGGUACUAAAUUGUCCCCCAAAUUGUGGGAUGGGCUAGUAUUUCUGAUUCAGAGUACUGAAUCUGUGCACCUUCUAACAGAAAGCCAUCCCAAAGUUCUUGGAGAGCUUAGGUUUUUGCUUGGAGUACAAAGGGAGGGGAUUUAGAAAUCUGCAGAGGCUAUGGUGAUGAUCUUGGUCUGUAUGUGAUAGAGAGGUGCUGCUAGUUGGGAUAUGCCUUGCUACAGAUACCUUCCUCACCCCCCAGAUGAAUUCACUUAACGUUGCUUGUAUAUGAAUACUUUGUGGUGGCCACAGCAGGGACCUGGUUCGCUGUGGUGAACUCAGGUGUGGUCUCUACAAGAUGCUCAGUGAAUUCCUGGUGAGGAGAUGUAGAGGACACAGUCUCUUUCGAGAAGUCAGAGGAGUGAUAGCUAUAGUUCUUUUGAUAUGGCAUCAGAGGUGGCCUUAGCAAAGUUGUCCAGGUUGUCAGUAGGGUCCUGGCUUGUUAAUACCAGCCAGCAGCCACAGCUUCUUAAACACAAGGUGGAGAUAAUGUUGAUACGUCUAGGGGCAGGGAUCAAACACACUAGCACAGAACCAGAGCAUCUAGUCACCUUGCAAGAAUAGUAGGAGGCUCCCCUUGUAGUCUUCCUUCAGGGAGAUGAUGGAUAAUUUAUCCAGGAUGAAGCCUGUGGAUAUGGUUGCUACUUCCUUGCAGUCCCCAGUUAGCAGGCCAGCACGGCCUUUGUAGUCUUUGAUGGCCAUGAAUGCCUUAAACCAUGUUUGGCUGGCCAACCAGGCAACUUUCCGAGUGAGCAAGGUCUUAGGACUUCAUCUCUUAGGGGUGACUCUAGGAAGAAGUCACUCGAGCUAGGUGAGGAUAUAAAUUUCUUUUGCAAACUUCAUUGUGUCCUAAACCAGGUGGCUCCUCCUGAUGGCAGGAACCUACUUGUAUCCUAUGUUUCUGACUCCAGAGCCCCUGGGCCUCCAGCCUCCCCUGCAGGACAGGCAUCUCCUGUCAUUUGGCCUUUUCUAAAAGAAGAUGCCCUUGAAUGCUUUUGCAUCAAGUGUGCAGAAUGGAACCCUCAAAGGGUAGAGAGCCAUGAAUUGAUGAGCUUGAACGUUCAUAUUUUAUUUUUAACUCCCACGGUUCAACCUUGGGCAAGACAAUCUUCUAGUAUUAGUUUUCUGACCUGCAAAAUGAUGUUGUUAACUAAAGAAAAUUGAAUAAUAACUUGGAGCCCUUGGAAAAGUUUUCCUAUAUAUAGUAUGUGUGAUACCAUAUUGAUUGUGGCUUAGGGCCCUGGUAAUUUCCACAGCAGGAGACUCUAUGGAUCUGGAGGCAGUAGGGGAUGCUAGAGUGGAUGACUGGCAUGGGGUGGGGCUCUUGCUCCACCUUGCCAUGUCCAGGCAGGCCAGAGAGAAUGGGUAUUCAGGACACCUAGUCCAAACACCUGUGAAGAAGACCCCAGGUCAGAAGAGACCACCUCUCUCUUCUUCAUGUGACCCUCCAAAGGCCAGAGGAAGUAUUUGAAGGGACUGCAUCUCAAGCCAUGUCAUGUGGUAGGCAACCUAAUACCCUUGACUUUCCUUAACUCACCUGAUCACUGAAUCAUAAUAAUAGCUACCAAUUUUUGAGCUCUUCCCUUAUGCUAGGAGCUUUAAUAUAUAUUGUCUCAUGUUGACAAUGACCCUGCAAGGUAAGUCUUGUUUUCUCCAUUCUACACGAGACACAAUUGAGACUCAGAAAGGAUAAGUAGCUGCCAAGGUUCCUUAGCUAGUAAGUGGCAGAGCAGUAUUUGAACAUGGGUCUGUUUUAUGUCAAAGCCCGAACUCUUUCCACAUUGCUGGUUUGUCUCUAGCCGGUUAGCUUAGACUAAGAAACAACCCAGGCACUGGGCCACCUGUGUUCACUGACUCUGUCUCACAUUCACUUGGUGACACUGUGUGACAGAUGAAUACUUUACCUUUGUUUACCUGUCAGUCAUUUGAGGCUUUGGGGUUUAUGAGGAGAAGGCCCUAUUGAUUCAGCAUAGAGAGCUUCUAAGAGAUAGAGGUAUUGGCAGUAGCUUUAAAAUUUUUUUGCGUAGAAAGUUCCAAAGAAAACCAGCUAAUGACUUGAGUGAAGUGACUUCCAAGUUUAAAUGAAUCCUGCAUAAAGUGUACAAGACACCCUUGAGGAUAUAACUGAGGAAGAAUAUCCUGAAAUUUUAAUAUCCCCACUUUGGUUGAAAAUCCAUAGGUUGCAUGCAAAUGAAAUACUAGAAUGAGGUCCGACAUGCUACCCGAUAUCCUGAUGUUUAUCUCUGGUAACUAAGUCUGCAGAAAAAGACUCAUUUAAAUAAAUCUUUUGUCUCUAGACUCUCCUCACAUGAAACGCAGCACUGUUUGGCAUAGGCCAAAUCUCUGGUGGUUAUCUUGCUGAGGAAGUAAACAUUUUCAAGAAUGCCAGAGUUAAAGGGAGACACACACCUCAAACAAGACUGACUCUAUUGGAACUAUAAACAUAGUAUCUUCUGCAGGGUGAGGGGUCCUGUGCCUCUCUAGGGUGAGGUCACUGUUUCUGUGGAUUUGCACAUGGAGGAGUCUUUCUGAAUCUUCCCAUCUUUUGAUGGACCAACAGUGUUCCCUCUCUACUCAGAACUCCCACUCGAAGGAGUUGCCAAGACAGUCUUCUGUUUGCCCAUUAGCAGAGUCAGGGAUAUCAGUAUUUGCAAGCCAGCUGGAGAGCCUUUGAUGGUGUUGAAAACAAAAUGUUGUGUUAUUAUGAAAGAGGAAGAUUAUGUGUGUGUCAUCAUUUUGUGCUAGUUCUCAUAAACCCUGGUCUAAUCCUA